GAGUUUUAAUCCACUCUUAGGAAAUGUUUGUUGCAACACAUUUUUGAUUCACUAUGCUCUCCUUUCUCAGAUAAAAGAGAUCAAAUGGGCAGAUGUAGGUGGAUGGACGGGUCAGGGUGGAUCCCUCCUGGGAACUAAACGAACACUUCCUGCAAAGCACAUCGACAAAAUUGCAGAACAGAUGCGGAAGUAUAACAUAAAUGCACUGUUAGUGAUCGGAGGAUUCGAGGCCUUCCUGGGGAUCAUGGAGUUGUUAGCAGCCCGCGGGACUUAUGAGGAGUUGUGUGUGCCAAUGGUCAUGGUGCCGGCCACAGUCUCCAACAAUGUGCCCGGCUCAGAUCUCAGCAUUGGCGCAGACACGGCUCUGAACGCCAUCACUGUUACAUGUGACCGUAUUAAGCAGUCUGCCAGUGGAACGAAGCACCGGGUGUUCAUCAUCGAGACCAUGGGAGGUUACUGUGGUUAUCUGGCCAGUGUUGGUGGACUGGCGUCUGGAGCAGAUGCUGCAUAUAUCUUUGAGGAGCCGUUUGACAUCAAAGAUCUUCAGUCUAAUGUAGAGCACUUGACCGAGAAAAUGAAGACCAGCAUUCAGAGAGGACUAAUCCUGAGGAAUGAGAACAGUAAUGAAAACUACACCACAGACUUCAUCUAUCAGCUCUACUCCGAGGAGGGCAAGGGAGUGUUUGACUGCAGGAAGAAUGUCCUGGGUCACAUGCAGCAGGGUGGUGCUCCUUCUCCAUUUGACCGUAACUUUGGGACCAAAAUCGCUGCUAAGGCCAUGCAGUGGAUCUCCAGGAAACUGAAUGAAAGCUACAGACAGGAUGAAGGGAGAGUGUUUGCUAACACAGAAGACUCGGCCUGUUUGCUGGGCAUGCGGCGGCGUGCGUUGCUCUUCCAGCCUGUGGUUCAGCUCAGAGAUGAGACUGACUUUGUUCACAGAAUCCCUAAGGAACAAUGGUGGCUGAAGUUACGUCCACUCAUGAAGAUCUUGGCCAAGUACAAGACCAGCUACGAUGUGUCAGACUCUGGACAGCUAGAACAUGUGGUCCUCAACCGCCCCAAAGAGUCUGAGGCCAUGGCUGCCAUUUAAAGAUCCAAGUAGGGGCAGUGUUCAAAGGUCAUGCAUUAGACGGGCCCAUCUGUCCCGUGAGCAUUGUCGUUGACACUUUUAUUCUCUGGGCUGCACCACUUUGUUUUGUCAGCGCUUUGUUUGAAAAAUGUCACCCUUUGUUAUUUUGCAGAAAUCAAUGUUAAAUUGUAUGAGAGUGUAAGAAGCAGUGUUUUUUUUUGCCGUUUUAUUUCCUGUCGCCGGUUGGAGCGGCGGCUCUGCUGUGUUGCAAUAGUGCUCCGCUUCAAAGCACAUUUCUCUUUCUCUCUGAAGUUCUCAGAAAGAAGCAAAAAAAUCCACUUUCCGGUGUGAAGCGCCAUAUGCGGUGAAGUCCACAUUGCUAGAGCACCAUUUGAUGUUUGAAUGUAUUGCAUCAUCAAGUGUUAACAUUUGCCUGACCAAUAAAAACCAUGAUCACAUGUGUGAAAA